AUGCCAUUCAAGCAGCAUAGUGGGAGGAUCUACCGCAUCACAAGACUCCUUGUUUUUCACUUUGUUUUCAUAGUGACUGCGGGCCCACGGCAAAGUUCUGCCGCCGCGGAUGUAUUCAUCUUUCCCCCACAGAAUGGUUACACCGGCGAAUACAUAUCGAAUCUAGCGUUUACUGUCGGGCAGUCGAUCGACAUCAAGUGGAAAAGCGGCUGCGACGAGCCCAUUCAGUUUUGGUUGAUGAAGGAUUUCAAUGGUGGCGACUGUCAGUUUCAGCGUGAUGCGCUGUGUAGCCAAAUCGCAGACACUCCCAACAAUGGGUCCGUAGCAUGGAAUGUCAGUUUCUUGGGACUUGCAGGCCCCGGCGUCUACUAUAUGUAUGGUUUAUGCGGUGACCCGGGCUCGACCCGUUUCAGCUGUCACUAUUUCAAUAUUACGUCGAAGCAAGUUUCAACCUCGACGACGGCCCCCAAUGCCACAACCUCUAUCCCGGCGGCAACGAAGCCGAACAGUCUUCAAGACCCUACAACCUCGACAUCGACAUCACCUGCACUCGCGAUAGAGACGACAAAGUCAACGACACCAGAUUAA